CUCUGCCCCGCUUCCCCCCUGGCCCCAGCCACCGCCAGCACUCUCCUGCCUCCCGUCUGCGCGAGUCCACGCAGCUCCCCAGAUGAAGACGCUGAGGCCCAAGCCACACAAUUAAGUAAGUGGCAGAGGCAGGAAUAACACCUAUGUCUUCCUGACCCCAAAGCACUUCACCAGCACAGCAGUGGCAGGUAUGGCGACGGGCGUGGAGCACCACGAGGGCACCAUCCAAGUGCACGGCCAGGUCCUCUUCUUCCGAGAGGCACGGCCAGGCAGUGGGCAGGCUCGCUUCUCUGUGCUGCUGUUACAUGGCAUCCGCUUCUCCUCCGAGACCUGGCAGAACCUGGGUACACUGCAGAGGCUGGCCCAGGCUGGCUACCGGACUGUGGCCAUUGACCUUCCAGGUCUGGGGCGCUCCAAGGAAGCAGCAGCCCCUGUUCCUAUUGGGGAGCUGGUCCCUGGCACCUUCCUGGCAGCUGUGGUGGAUGCUUUGGAGCUGGGCCCCCCUGUUGUGAUCAGUCCAUCAUUGAGUGGCAUGUACUCCCUGCCCUUCCUCACGGCCCCCGGCUCCCAGCUCCGGGGCUAUGUGCCAGUGGCCCCCAUCUGCACAGACAAAAUCAGUGCUGCCAGCUAUGCCAAUGUGAAGACUCCAGCCCUGAUUGUAUAUGGAGACCAGGAUCCCAUGGGUCAUACCAGCUGUGAGCAUCUGAGGCAGCUGCCCAACCACCGGGUGCUGAUCAUGGAGGGGGCAGGCCACCCCUGCUACCUGGACAAACCAGAGGAGUGGCACACAGGGCUUCUGGACUUCCUGAAGGAGCUAGCUUGAGGCCCAGCACUGCUGACCGGGAUGGGCUGCCUGCCUGCCUUGGGAUUUCUCUCUUUCCUCCUUGGGUUCUGGCUUGCCAUACACAUGCAACAGGUGUGUCUGUCUAUAUGUCUAUCUGGAUUCUUGUGUUCUGAGGUCUGUCUUUUCUGCUUUUUCUUUCUCUUGCAGUGACAGACUGAGGAGGUAAAAUCAAGAGGAAAAAACCUCAAGAAUUAAGGAACGUAAUCUGGUGGUGGGUAAUCCAUUAGAUGAGCUUGUCCUACAAGGCUUUCCUGCUUGGCUU